AGAUGCAGAGAGGUGUAGUCACAACUAAGGUCAAACCCACCUGUACCUGCCUGCCACUCUCACACUUAUAGCUGAGGAGUCCAGCCACUGCUCACAGUCUGGACUAGGACUAGAGAACUACUGCAUUACCGCUGCACUACUACUGCAUUAGUACUACUCUUCCAUCACUAGAGUUAUAAUAUUAGUGCAGAGCCUCUGAGGGGUCUGGGCAGCAUGGCGGUGACUAUGUGUCAGGUGAUGGGCUUCGUGCUGGGUGUCAUAGGGGUCGCGGGGAUCAUCGCAGCGACGGCUAUGGACAUGUGGAGCACAGAGGAUCUGUACGAUAACCCCGUAACGUCCGUCUACAGCUACGCCGGCCUGUGGAGGUCGUGUGUAAGGCAGAGCUCGGGAUUCACCGAGUGCCGACCUUACUUCACCAUCCUGGGACUGCCAGGUCUGUUCCAGGGCGUGCGGGCGCUGAUGAUAGUGGGUAUAGUUCUGGGGGUAAUCGGGGUCCUCAUUGCUAUAUUUGCCCUCAAAUGCCUCAGAAUGGGGAACAUGGAGGACCGAGUGAAAGCGACCAUGACGAUAACUUCAGGGGCCAUGUUUAUCGUGGCGGGGAUCUGCGCCAUCGCUGGGGUUUCCAUCUUCGCAAAUCUCAUUGUGACCAACUUCGCCCUGACUAGUUUUACCUCAGUUGGAGGUUUCGGCGGGAGUUUCGGGAGCACAGGCUUUGUUGGGUCACCUCUCACUCCGAGAUACACAUUUGGCGCCGCCCUGUUUGUCGGCUGGGUGGGUGGAGGUAUUUUGCUAGUGGCCGGAGUUAUGCUGUGUCUGGCCUGUCGUGGAAUGAUGCCUGAAAAGCACUACGAUGGAACAGCGUACAAAGCUGCCAGCAUCUACCGGUCAGAGGCCAAGUCCAAAACCUACAACGAGUCACACAGAGGGCAGAGUAUGGACGGCAGACACUCCACCCAGAGAUUCGACUACGUUUAAUAACAUCAGUAACCAGCUGCAGGACUACACUCAAGAUUUGAGCCUAUUAACAGCAGGGGAAAAUAGCUUUUUAUUGAAAAUGUAGAAGCACGUUAAUGAUCUCAGGCUCUUGAUAUAAAUGAAAAUGUACUAAUAGCCAGUAUCUACCAGGAAGUAGUAAUAGUAUGGUCUAAGGAAAGGUGUGGCACAUAGGCCUGUCACAAUACCUUUUUUUAUUGCAUAUUGUGACUGCUAUUAUUGCAAUAUUAUACACUUUACAACAAUUUAAUAAUAAAGAAAUAAUAUUCAAACACUGAAACUGUAGCUCAUUAUGAUUUAGAUAUAGGCCAGUCAUGAUAACAAUUUUUAAAGAUAUAAAGUCCCAAAAACAGCGAGAAAUAAUUAAGCAAUUAUACCACAGUUAGUUCCAACCCUGCAAUGUGAUUGGCUGAAAGGAGUUUUUGAAUGACAUUAUCAGCCGGUAAUGCACUGUAUCUUUCCAUGUGAAGCUUUCCAUGUAUUACUCCACCACAUACAGGUAACCUAGCAUCAAUGCAGCGCUUACAAACCAAACAGCACAGCUACAAACAGAGCAGUAAUGGAACUAUUUUAACGCGCCGAGUGUUUUUAACCAAACAGAUCGUACUUUCUCAUCCUCUUUAACUUAAAAUCUUUUAAUAAACAGUGAUAAUGGAACUGUGGUAUAAUUGCAAGAAGACACUCAAGGUGUAGUUAUAGUGCCAACAUUAUACAUUAUAGCACAAACCACGAGUGUAUUAUUGCUUAAAUAUUCAGAAAAUAUCAUUCAAAUAUCAAUAUCAAAUAUCAAAUUUGUCUUAACAGACAAAAGCAGUAUCUGUUCGUAACAUAAUUAUCAUGACAGGACUAGUUGUAUAUAGAAUUAUGACAAUUUAGAUUUACAUUAUGACAUUUAGAUGCUUCCACAGCCUUUUGUAGAUGGUUUUAUUAUACAUUUAUAUCACAUUUUUAAACCGUCAAAGAACCCACUUGUCAUGUAAUAUACUGAAUUACUGUAUUUUAGCUUAGCGUGUAACGUAUGACUAACAAAAUAAUAAUAAAUAUAAAAUUGUGCUGUAUUUGAAUGUUCACAGCUUUCAUGUAAUUUUAAUGUGAUUUAAUUUCUCAUUUUUUUUUAUUAAUAUCAUUUUUUCCUGUUUAUGUUUAUGCUUGUUGUAUGUUAUAUGUUCGUGUUUAAAUUUCUAUCAUGUUUAUUCUUUUGGUAAAAUAAAGUCACAACAUUCUGUACACAAACGCACUGAAUAAAAGUGUGUUUAUUGUCAGUGAAUUAUUGUUACUGUUAAAAAAAGAAUACAAAUAUUUUAUGUAUUAUUAGUACAUACAAAUACAGAAUUAUAAAAAAACAUUUAAAGACACUGUAAAUAAUGUACCUUCAGUAAAUAUAUAUAUAUAUAUAUAUAUAUAUAUAUAUAUA